ACAGCUUUUUCACUGCUUUUGCAUUCAAUGAUGAGGCUCUCAGAACCAAUACUGGACAUGGAAAUGGCAAACUACAGUGAAGUUUUAGAUCCGACAUAUACAGCACUGGAGUUUGAAACUAUGCAGAUUCUGUAUGAUGGCAAUGACAGUUCAGGAGAAGCUAUCAACAUGAAUGCUGCUGACAACGGGGUCAGUAGUCUCUGUGCAAUAUGUGGAGACCGAGCGACCGGAAAACAUUAUGGUGCUUCCAGCUGUGAUGGAUGCAAGGGAUUUUUUAGACGUAGCAUAAGGAAAAACCACGUCUAUACAUGCAGAUUCAACCGACAAUGUAUUGUUGACAAGGACAAAAGGAAUCAAUGCAGAUAUUGUCGUUUAAAAAAGUGUUUUCGAGCAGGAAUGAAAAAGGAAGCUGUACAAAAUGAACGGGACAGGAUAAGUACGAGAAGAAACACUUUUGAUGGCUGCAACAGUCCCUCUAUUAGCACAUUGUCGCAAGCUGAGACACUCUCGCGUCAGAUCUCAAUCUCCAGUCCUGGUGCUAGCACUGAUAUAAAUGUUAAGAAAAUUGCUAGUGUUAGUGAUGUCUGUGAAUCUAUGAAGCAACAACUUUUGGUCCUGGUGGAAUGGGCUAAAUAUAUUCCAGGCUUCUGUGAACUACCACUCGAUGACCAGGUUGCCCUGCUAAGAGCACAUGCUGGGGAGCACCUGUUGCUUGGAGCAGCAAAACGAUCCAUGGCAUAUAAGGACAUUUUACUUUUAGGCAACAAUUACAUAAUUCAUCGCAACAGCACUGAAGUAGAGAUCUGUCGAGUGGCAAAUCGGAUUCUGGAUGAAUUAGUUCGUCCCUUCCAGGAAAUUCAGAUAGAUGACAAUGAAUAUGCUUGCUUGAAAGCAAUUGUGUUUUUUGAUCCAGAUGCAAAAGGCUUGAGUAAUCCAUUGAAGAUUAAGAAUAUGCGAUUCCAAGUCCAGAUCAGUUUAGAGGAUUAUAUUAAUGACCGUCAGUACGACUCCAGAGGAAGAUUUGGAGAACUUCUUCUUCUACUGCCUACACUCCAAAGUAUCACUUGGCAAAUGAUUGAGCAGAUACAAUUGGUUAAGCUAUUUGGGAUUGUUAAAAUUGACAGUUUGCUUCAGGAAAUGUUGCUGGGAGGUACCUCUAAUGAUGCCAGUCAUCUGCAUCAUCCAAUGCAUCCUCACUUAGCCCAAGAUCCAUUAACUGGCCAAACUGUCCUCAUAAGUUCAAUGUCUGCGCCUGUACAUACAGAACAGAUAACAACUCCAGAAACUCCAUUACCUUCCCCUCCACAAGGCUCUGGGCAAGAAUACAAAAUGUCUGCAAAUCAAGCUUCAGUCAUUGCACAGCAAUCUAUUUUGAAACAAAAACCAUUGUGAUAAUAUUUCUGUCUCUGUCUUAUCCCUUCCUUCCUUCCUUCCUUCCUUCCUUCCUUCCUUCCUUCCUUCCUUCCUUCCUUCCUUCCUUCCUUCCUUCCUUCCUUCCCUUCUCCCCUUCCUUUUCAUGCACUAGAUAGAUUGGUAGAACACUUGCACAUUUAAAUCUCAGGUUGAUAAAGGAAAUUAUUUCCUCAGCAGCCACUACUGUGGGUGUUCCUUAAAACACCUUAUGAUUUGGAAAGUAAUGCUGUUCUGACUGCUGCAUGCAAACUGUAACUAUGGAUGCUGCAGUCUGACAAAUAUGUAUAGAGGUUGAUAUUAUUUUUAGAUCUUAUUACUGCACAGAUUCAUGUUUUUAUUUCCUGUUUUAGUUGUUGUCUUAAUAUUAUUGUUUUAGGUGUGUAUAUAAUUUUCAUCGUAAUGGAACUGUUUAGUGCUUGUUUAGCUGUGAAUUGUAGACUUGGAAAAGUGGGUUAAUCAGGCAAAAGCCAAGAUUCCACUAAGAGUAGAACAGUACGCUGCCAAAAAGCACACAAAUUGAAAAAAAAAAAGGAAAACAUACAUAAUGGAAAGAAAAACCCAACUAUAUUAAAAAAUCCUGUUUUGAAAGUAUAUAUACAAUAAGGUCUCUAUAUAGUCGAUUGGCCAGUGCUGAAGCAUUUAUAUUGAUAAAUAGUUAGAACAAGGACUGGUAGGCUUUUUGGUUAGGACUAACUAGUACUACUUCACCAAAAAAUUCCUGGGCACGCUUUGGGAAUUAGGCAAGUCUAGGGAAACUUUUCACCAGGUUCUCUGGGUACAGCCCCUCUCUUUAGGGGUACAGAGAGUAUCACAGAACCAUAGGAUAUCCUGAGUUGGAAGGGGCCCACAAGGAUCAUCAAGUCUGACUCCUGGCCUUGCACAGCACCAUCCCCAAGAGUCACACCAUGUGCCUGAAAGGGUUGUCCAAAUGCUUCUUGAACUCUGUCAGGCUUUUUUGUGACCUCUUCCCUGGAGAACCUGUUCCAGUGCCCAACCACGCUCCAGGUGAAGAACCUUUUCCUAAUAUCCAGCCUAAACCUCCCCUAACACAGCUUCAGGCCAUGCCCUUGGUUCCUGUCACUGGACACCACAGAGAUCAGUGCCUACCCCUCCUCUUGCCCUUACGAGGAAGCUGUAGACUGCAAUGAGGUCUAACUAGGACCAUGCCAUUUGACCUCAGGGCUGGAGUAUACUUUGUGAUGUUUGGUUUACUGUAAGAGUAGCCAUUGUGUUUAUUUGUCUAACUGGCUGGUAAAUGCAUGUUUCAGCAAUCACUAAUAUUCACCUACAGAGAAGUUGUAAUUGAUAUAGUAGCUCUGUGUUUGGAGAGGUAUGACUUACUAAUUGCAGUGGCAAAUGUGCCUGAAUUCAGCUCCAAGUGUUCCUGGUUUGAGCCAUUGUAUUUCAAGAGAAGAUAGCCAGAAGACAGCACACCAAAUACUCAUCCUCUCAAUUUUUAAGAGUUUUCAGAAGCAUGGGAUGACUUGAUUUUCUGUGAUGAACCCCUUUCUCCACCUCUUCCGCCCCUCCCAGUCUGCGGGGGUGCAACAUUGACUAACUUUUGUCUCUGGAGUCCGUAACAACCCAUCUGGAUUUGAACCCUCUGUGAAUUUGCACAAAGUGAACCUUGUGACACAUGCUCACUUGGAGCAUUUAUACUACUCAGUUACAAUUUGUGAAAGUAAUCUUUUAUGAUAUAUGAAAUGAUAUGUUGUUCAUACAAUACUAACAUCAUAAGAAAAUCACCACUUUGCACAUUUUAUUUAUUCCAGACAGCAAUGAUUUUUUCUUAGUACUUUAAAGUAGACUUUCUUCCCAGAAGAUAGGUAAGAGAGAAACAGACAGAAAAGAGAUAAUAAAAUAUUGAAGUUUGCUGAACUAUUGCAAAGAGAAAACAUAGUGGAGUCAGAAAUUCUUCAAGGUAAGAUGUGGAUCAUCCUGAACCACACACCUUCAUUGAUCACAGCAUCCAGAGAUGGUGCAGUUACUCCUUUGGCUUGUAAAAGUUAUUCAAACAAUCUGGAAUGAUUCUUCAAAUACAUUUUUGUAGGCAGGAAAUACAACACAGUAAAUGCUGAGCUGACCUGAGCAUUCAAAAGGCUUUAAUAAGAAUGCACCUAUCACCAGGUAGACAAUGUGUUUCUUUUUUAUUUUAAAGUAGUUGCUUUUGUAAAGUCUGUGUACAGUAGCUAUUAAUGUUUGCCUUUUGCUUUUUAGAUGAUUUUUCUUUUUGCUGUUUACUGUUUGUUUUUUAUUAAUGCAUUGCUCUUUUUACAAGUUCCUUUUAGUAUGAGUUUUUAUGACAGAAUAAUGUACUGAAGUUCUGCCAUUAACUUUAAGGGUAUCUGGACUGUGCUAUUUUUACAAGGUGGCCACCAAUGCUCUACAGUGAUACACAAAGGUAAAACAAAUGUGAGAGAUACUGAGCAGCUCAAAAGAAAAGUUUACUGAUGAGGCUCACUUUUGUGUACUUGUCAUAGAAAGAGUGUUGGACUCUAGGUGGAUCUGCAUGAAUUAAUUGGGUCAGAUAAAUGAAGUCAGUUGCAUAAACAUAAACAUGGCAGUAUUGGUCUGACUAAAAAACAUAUAACCGGAAAUAAAGAUUAGUCCCCAAGCUGGCCACCCUUGCCUUAUAUAAGAGAUGUGCAUAAUAGUUUAGUUUAUUUUUCACAAUGAACUUUAGAUAUCAAGUGUACAAUAAAAUGUUUUCACACACUGCCAAAAUGUACUGGAGGAAAAAUAUACGUUAGUAUUUUAUCUGACAAAAAGCUGUUGUCUAUUUUGUAUGAUAUAUUACAUUUUUGAAUAAGAUUUCCACUGUAAAAUUACCACUGUAAUUUAUUGGGAAAAGCUGAUUUAUUUUAUAAAUGUAACAUUAUUUUUGUAAACUUAAUUAUGAAAAAUCAGAAAUGAUUAGUGCUGUUAAAUAUUAAAUUAUAAUGAGAUGUAACUUUAUAUGUUUGAAUUCUGAUACCAAGUUUUUGUAUUGAGCAUUUGGAAUUGGAAUGGUAGCUGGAAAUAUUUCAAAUGGACUGUUUUUCAUCAAAGCUCAAUAAAGAAAAAUGAAUGAUCCAAA